GAAGCGAGUGCGCUACGGACGGGAAGCAGCUCCUUGGAACUGAACAACUCAACAACGAAUUGGAAUGGCUGCGAUUUCUCCCUAAUAAACGCGUUAACGUUACAAAAAUCAAAGGUAUGAAGUUCGACCACUCUUUUUCAUAGACUCCGUUGAGCUUCUGUGAGCUCUAGCGUUUAGCUAGCUAGUCCCAUCUUUUCGACAAUCCAGGGCGCAACAGGUUUCUAGCUAACGUUAACUAGCUAGUCAGCUGGUUAAUGAUUGCUAGCUUGUAUCAACAUUGUUUGAACAGCUACAUGUAGAAGACAUCACAGCUAAAUGACAUCCACAACUUCACAAGCAUACGGGGAGAACAACUAAAAACAGGAAGUCCUGUUGACAUCACCUCCUGUCUGUGGCUAUGUCGUGCCGGGACAUCCACGCCACCAAUGCCUUCUCCUUCAUCAUCGCCUUCAUCUCCGUGGGCGGCAUCGCUGUGGCGGCGCUGAUCCCACAGUGGCGAGUGACACGACUUGUCACCUUCAACAAAAACGCCAAGAACAUCAGCGUCUAUGAUGGCCUGUGGGCCAAGUGUGUGAAACAAGAUGGCUACUCUGGCUGCUACUACUACGACUCAGAGUGGUAUUCUAAAGUGGACCAGCUGGACCUGCGACUGCUCCAGUUCUGCCUGCCGACUGGGCUACUGUUUGGCUCCCUGGCCCUGGUGCUAUGUAUGGCAGGCAUGUCUAAGACAUGCUGCUGCUCUGAUAAGGCUGAGACAGACAUCAAGAAUACCCGCUGUCUGGUCAACAGCGCAGGCUGCCACCUAGUGGCCGGUAUGUUCCUGUUCCUGGGUGGUGCUAUCGCCCUGGCGCCUUCCGUGUGGUUCCUGUUCCGGACCAAAGAGAUGAACAUCAGGUACGACCGCAUCUUCUCAGACGGGUUCGCGGUCUACGUGGCCAUCGGCUGUUCUGGCGGCCUCAUGCUCGCCGCCCUGCUGAUGUUCAUGUGGUACUGCAUGUGUAAGAAGCUACCCUCUCCCUUCUGGCUGCCUCUCCCCACACUUCCUAACUCCCUCUCCACCCAGCCCCUCACAGCCAACGGGUACCCCCCCUCCCCUGUCUACGGACCCCCUCAGACCUUCCCUCCACAGGGGUACGUCCCCACUGUGAUGGAUGCCCAGCCCUACGCUCCCUCCCAGGGCUACCCUCAGAGCGUAGCCCCACUGGCCCAGCAGCCUCAGCAGGUCUAUAUGUCCCAGAUGUCAGCCCCGGAUGGGUAUGGGUCAGAGGUGGGUCAGAACCAGGCUUACAGCUAUGCCCCAUCCCAGAGUUAUGCACCCUCUCAGGUGGGCUACGCCCCCAGCUACAUAGGCCACCGCUACUCCACACGCUCACGCAUGUCUGGCAUAGAGAUAGACAUCCCUGUUCUAACACAAGGCCUCUGAGGGAGGGCUGCUGCAAGAACACUGAGUCGUGGUUCCAUUUAGCUGUCCUGUCUCCUGUAAAGGGUGUGUACUGUCAGUGAAGGAUAUGACUGUUGGUCAGUCUGCACUAGAAAUACAACUGUGCGUCACUCAACCAAGCACUGCACUGUUAGACACAGUUUAGUAUGCAGGCUCCACAUCUGGUGAAAGGACACCAGAGAUGUCCCAUAAUGAAGUCUGAAUUCACUGUUACAUUUUGAUAGGCGCAAUUAGAAAACAAUAUUUUCUAUUUGUACAUCUCUUAAUGUAAAUCUGCUUGAAACCUCAUAGCAUUUCUACACUGUGUAUAUUGUGUUCACUAAUAUUUCAACUGCUAAGAAAUGAACUAAACUGUACUUUAACCGUGCGGUAACUUGAUGUAGUGAGGUAAAAGGGAGUGACACUAACUGGCUGUGAUGUCUUUGUUGUGCCUGUUUAUAUUAUUGGUCUGUUAAUAAAUACUACUGCUGUGCCUUGUUCAGAACAGCCAUAUUACAUUGCUUAGUUAUUCUGUUUGUGUAUUAAUACUGUAAUAUGUUACUGUUUCCUUUGUUCUGCUAGUUUUCUACACGUGCUGUUUUUGGGCGUUGGAAAUAUUAUAAUAUGCUGUAACAUGUGA